AUGGCAAGUGUCCUGAGUGUGUACAAAAUGCCACAGACACGUCCUCUUUCUCUGUGUAAUGAACGAUGCCAUUUAGGCUAUUUAAAGGCCAAGAGAGAAGGGGAGCCGCCCUGUUGUUAUGAUUGCCUUCUGUGCCGAGGAGGGAAGAUUUCAGACAGAAAAGAUAUGGAUUACUGUUUUAAUUGUCCUAAAGAUCAUUAUCCAAACAAGAAUCGAGAUGCAUGUCUUCCCAAAGACAUCAGCUACCUGACUUACGAAGAGCCCUUGGGGAUCAGCUUGGUUAUUAUUGCUCUUACCCUUUUUUUCAUCACAGCUUGGGUGUUUUGGAUUUUUCGGAAGCACAGAAACACUCCCAUAGUCAAAGCCAACAACCAGAAUCUGACCUUCACCCUCCUCAUCUCCCUUCUACUCUCCUUCCUUUGCGUUUUUCUGUUUAUUGGUCACCCUAAGAAGGUGACAUGCCUCCUUCGACAAAUGGCCUUUGGACUGAUCUUCUCGGUGGCAGUUUCAAGCAUAUUGGCUAAAACUACCCUUGUAAUUGUAGCUUUCAUGGCUACCAAGCCAGGCUCCAGGAUAAGGAAAUGGGUGGGAAGAUGGCUGUCUAGCUCUAUUGUUUUUUCUUGCUCCCUUAUACAAGCUACAAUUUGCAGUGUCUGGUUGGCAAUCUCUCCCCCAUUUCCAGACGUUGAUAUGCAUUCAGUGACUGAAGAAAUUGUACUGGAGUGUAAUGAAGGCUCCUCUACCAUGUUUUACUGUGUCUUGGGCUUCCUAGGUUUCCUUGCCAGUUUUGGCUUCACGGUGGCUUUUUUAGCUAGGAAGUUACCAGACAGUUUUAAUGAAGCCAAGUUUAUCACUUUCAGCAUGUUAAUGUUUUGCUGUGUCUGGCUGACCUUUGUUCCAUCAUAUCUGAGUACCAAAGGGAAAUACAUGGUGGCUGUGGAGAUCUUCUCCAUCUUGACUUCCAGCGCAGGCUUGCUUGGCUGUAUUUUUUCUCCAAAAUGUUAUGUCAUUUUGCUGAGGCCUGAUCUUAAUAGAAGAGAACAGCUAAAGAAAAGAAACCAUCAAAGAAUUGAGAAAUGUAAUUAGAUAUGACAUCAGUUCUCCAGAUCAUUUUCUUGGUUUUUCAGGGACUUCAUCAAGUUAAUUUAUAUCAGCUCUGCUAUAACCCUGGGUUUGGGGGCCUGGUGUGUCAAGCUCUAAAUGACUGAAGAUGACACCAGAAGGCAAGGAACAGAGGUGUUUAUCCACCUUAACCAAAGUGGAUGUCAGCAGAGUCUGAACUCCAAUAUCUGACAUAAGCACAAUUUUGAACUUACAGUUGUAUUUAUUAGGCAUA